UCAUCCUGAUCCAGAACCGGGCGGGGAAGACCCGCCUGGCCAAGUGGUACAUGCAGUUCGACGACGACGAGAAGCAGAAGCUGAUCGAGGAGGUUCACGCCGUCGUCACCGUCCGCGACGCCAAACACACCAAUUUUGUGGAGUUCCGCAACUUCAAGAUCAUCUACCGGCGCUACGCGGGGCUUUACUUCUGCAUCUGCGUGGAUGUCACCGACAACAACCUCGCUUACCUCGAAGCCAUCCACAACUUCGUGGAGGUCCUCAAUGAGUAUUUCCACAACGUCUGCGAGCUCGACUUGGUCUUCAACUUCUACAAGGUGAGGAAAAGGGGGUCCAGGGGAUACUGGGGGGGGUGA